AUUUCCAGAUUCCCCAGGGGCCCAUCCGCGAAACGACCCCACAGACCCGACUUGCCCACCGCCGCGACCAAUCACUCGGCGGCGCGCCGCGCCGAGCGUCGCCAUGGCCGCCGCCGCGGACGCCGCCAAGCAGCCGCUCCUCCCGCGGGCGUACCCGUCGCAGGUCGCCUCGGCCUCCUCGCCCGCGCUCCCCUCGGUGCCCCCGUCCGGCGUGCCCGGCGCGGGGAGCCGCCGGUUCCAGAGCGUCCUGGACGUGCCCAACCUCAAGAAGCGCGGCGGCGGCACGCGCAGCUGGAUCCGCGUCGAGGCCGCCACCGCCUCCGUGCAGACGAUCGACCUCGACAAGGCCACCAUGAUGCGCCGCUGCGAGCUGCCCGCCCGCGACCUCCGCCUCCUCGACCCGCUCUUCGUGUACCCCUCCACGGUCCUCGGCCGGGAGCGCGCCAUCGUCGUCAACCUCGAGCAGAUCCGCUGCGUCAUCACCGCCGACGAGGUGCUCCUCCUCAACUCCGUCGACAACUACGUCCUCCAGUACGCCAUGGAGCUGCAGCGCCGCCUGCUCCAGCGCGCCGAGGGCGACGAGCUCCCCUUCGAGUUCCGGGCGCUCGAGCUCGCCCUCGAGGCCGCAUGCUCCUUCCUCGACGCCCAGGCAGCAGAAUUGGAAAUUGAAGCAUAUCCUUUGCUGGAUGAGCUGACCUCAAAAAUCAGUACUCUAAAUCUGGAACGUGUUCGGCGGCUAAAAAGUAGACUAGUUGCUCUGACCAGAAGAGUUCAGAAGGUAAGGGAUGAAAUAGAACAACUAAUGGAUGAUGAUGGAGAUAUGGCCGAGAUGUAUCUCACUGAGAAAAAGAUGAGGAUGGAAUCAUCUGUUUUUAGUGAUCAGCCAUUGUUAGCGGCCUUCAAUUCAGGAGGCGCUGGGACUUCAGUUUCAGCUCCCGUGUCUCCUGUCUCCUCGCCCACGGAGUCACGGAAGUUGGAAAAGACCUUCAGCUUGUGUAGAAGUAGACAUGAUAGUGUGAAGAGCUCCGAUAACACUGUGACAGAACAUAUUGAAGAGCUGGAAAUGUUGCUUGAAGCAUAUUUUGUAGUCAUCGACAGCACUCUUAACAAGCUGACCUCGCUCAAGGAGUACAUUGAUGACACUGAAGAUUUUAUCAAUAUUCAGCUGGACAAUGUUCGAAACCAGCUGAUCCAGUUUGAGCUACUGCUAACAACCGCAACAUUCAUCGUCGCUAUUUUCGGUGUGGUCGCGGGGGUAUUCGGGAUGAACUUCGAGACCGACGUUUUCAGCAUCCAAAAUGCAUUCCAGUGGGUCCUGAUAAUUACUGGGGUGAUUGGCGCAUUCCUCUUCUGCUUCUUCGUUUGGUUUUUCAAGUACAAGAGACUGAUGCCCCUGUAGAGUAUAAGCUCCCCAUGUGGUGGAGGACUGAACCUUCUAUUAUCUCUGUUAAGGUACCUGACCAAAAGCCUUGAAUUCAUGUAAUUAUUAACAUUCUUUCAGAGGCUUACUGUGUACCUACAAGAAAACAAAUGAAAAUAUACUUUUUGUUUCUUA